UGUGAAAGCGAGUAUUCCCAUCUCUUUUCUCCAGCUGCUCUCUGUUGAAGCAGAGCGGUACCGAGCCAGGCUUCAUGGAGAAGAAGGUUGUGCUGAUCACAGGCUGCUCUUCGGGAAUCGGUCUCAGCCUGGCUGUCCGGCUGGCCUCUGACCCCGACAAAUCAUUCAAAGUCUAUGCCACAAUGAGAAACAUGGCCAAGAAGGAGCGUCUUCUAGAGUGUGUCAAAGGCCUGCACAAGGACACGUUGGACAUACUCCAAAUGGACGUGACAGACCAGCAGUCCAUUCUGGAUGCAAGGGACAGGGUUGUGGAGAAACGAGUGGACAUCCUGGUGUGCAAUGCCGGUGUGGGUUUGAUGGGGCCGCUGGAGGUUCAGUCCUUGGACUCGAUGAGGCAGAUUAUGGAGGUCAACCUCCUUGGAACCAUCCAGACCAUCCAGGCUUUCCUUCCGGACAUGAAGGCUCAGGACAAGGGCCGCAUUCUGGUCACGGGCAGCACCGGAGGGCUUCACGGUCUCCCUUUUAACGAGGUGUACUGUGCCAGUAAAUUUGCAAUGGAGGGAGCAUGUGAGAGUUUGGCUGUCCUCCUGCAACACUUCAAUAUCCACGUGAGUCUCAUUGAGUGUGGUCCAGUCAACACCAACUUCCUGGUCAACCUGCAGAAGGCAGAGCUCGGGGACGCAUCGCUCCAAAAGGUCGAUGCCCACACGCUCAGCCUCUAUGAGAGAUACCUGCAGCACUGUGCCUCAGUUUUCCAAAAUGCAGCUCAGGACACUGAGGACAUUGUAAAGGUAUUUCUGGAUGCCAUCCAGUCACCCAGCCCAGCGUUCAGAUACUUCACCAGUGGCGUUGUGCCGCCUCUCAUCAAUCUGAAGAUCACAGAGCCAGAUGGCUCGCGGUACAUCAGUGCAAUGAGCAAAAUCAUUUUUUCAGCCGAGGAAAAAUAAUAUCGCACAUGCCUCGCAAUCAAGCAGGCCUCGACUUCAUGUGUAGACCUGCCCUUCUUUCGCUCUUUCACCGGUAGAGGUUAACAUUCUGCUCUUUCAUUUUAUUUGAUUUCUGAUGUAAAGUCGACGCACUCUGACUCACUGCGGUUGCUCAACUGGUCAGGGCAGUAAGUUCAGUGUUCUGUGAAUCAAGUUCCCAGAAAGGGAGCGACUCCACGGUUCUAUUUUGGUACUAUCAAAAGUUAUCAAGCUUAUCAAUAUAUAAAAAUAGCAACGUAAAAAAUAAACCCCCCUUUUCUGGUUGCUUGAGUAAUAUUUGAUAAGGAUUAUUCCUCGAGUUAUACAACAGCUUUUUACAUUCUUGUCGUUUGCUCGCAUUCUUAACACACUGGUCGGCAUAUUUUCACUGGGAUAGGUGUGCGUCUGGACAGGUUUUUCAACACAUUGUUAACACACCCAGAAUGUGCUUAUGUCAUUUUUUAAUUAGCUAUUUCCAGAGAAAAGCGUCUCAGCUGACAGCGAGGGAACAAUCCUUGCAUGAAUGAAUCACGGUCGAUGUUGUAUUUCUUCUCUAGCACUGACAUGUUUUCCCAAUUAUGGCCCUUGAGGGAUAAAAUGAAUAAAGCAUUUGAAUUCAA